AUGCGUACUGGCGUGACAAGAGAAGCCUUUUUCAUGUUUCUUUUUGUGCUAUAUACACUAGCCCCAUCAUUUCCACCCGAAGUUUGUGCGUCAGCUUUUGCGGAAGAGGCUGCUGCCCUCUUAAAAUGGAAAGCCGGUUUUGCCAACCAGAAUGGUCCCCUCGUGAUUUCAUGGAAUAUUACGCCUACCAAAGCCAAGAAUUCUUCCAGCCCUUGCACUUGGGCGGGUGUCUCAUGCAACAUUGGUGGAAGCGUCAACAGAUUGAACCUCACAAAUUCCAAAGUCAGCUCUACACUCUAUGACUUCCCAUUUUCAUCCUUGCCAAAUCUUGAAUACGUUGAUCUGUCCAUGAAUGAACUUUUUGGCAGCAUACCACCCCAGGUUGGUAAUCUUUCCAAGCUCAUUUAUCUCGAUUUCUCGGCCAAUAUGUUGUCAGAAGAAAUCCCACCGGAAAUUGGCUUGUUAAAAAAUCUUCAAGUCCUUCAUCUAAACGAAAAUCACUUGUCCGGUCCAAUUCCCGAGGAAUUAAGCCAUUUAGUCCAUCUUACUGAGCUUGACUUGAAUACCAAUAACAUCAGCGGCACUAUUCCAUCUUCCUUGGCAAAUCUGAGAAACUUGACAUACUUGUCUUUGUAUGAGAAUCAAUUUUCAGGCCCCAUUCCUCCAGAAAUAGGAAACUUAUCCAAUCUAGUCACUGCUUUUCUGAGCUCUAAUCAUUUAACAGGUUCAAUUCCACAUGUUCUAGGUAACCUCAAUAACAUUGACGAACAAGCUAAGGAACUAGAUUGGGAAAAGAGGGUGAACAUCAUCAAAGGUGUCGCUCAAGCACUAUCUUACAUGCAUCAUGAUUGUUCACCUUCAAUAGUUCAUCGAGACAUUUCAAGCAACAAUGUGUUGCUUGAUUCAGAAUAUGAGGCUCAUGUUUCGGACUUUGGCACUGCUAAAUUUCUCAGGAGGGACUCAUCCAAUUGGACCACUCCAGCUGGCACAUUGGGAUACAUUGCACCAGAAUUUGCCUACACAAUGAGAGUCACUGAAAAAUGUGAUGUUUAUAGCUUUGGGGUACUGACAUUGGAAAUAAUCAAGGGGAAGCACCCUGGUGAAUUUGUUGCCCAUCUAAUGUCUUCAACAACUGGAGACAUAGAAUUGAAAGAGUUGUUGGACCAGAGACUUUCGCAUCCCACACAAGAAAUUGAAAAGAUCCUGGUAUUCAUCCUCAAGAUAGCAGAGGCAUGUUUACAUGUGAAUCCAGAAUCUAGGCCAACCAUGCAUAUGAUUUGA